AUGUCACGCACUCGAGUUCGAGUUUUAAUAAGUAUCCUGACAAUUGUUUUAAUAUACCUUACGCUCCAAUACUCUUCCAAUGACCCAAAUACAGAUGCUUCCAAGGUCUCUGUCGAGCUGUAUGUAAUGAGCCAGUGUCCCGAUGCAGAAGAAUGUGAACGAGUAUUUCACUCAGUGAUGAGUGAAGUCAAUGACAUAGCGGUAAUAAGGAACGAUUAUAUUGGUGUUCUGGACCCUAAUGCGAAAUAUGGUGUGGCGUGUAAGCAUGGAGAUCAAGAGUGUUUAGGUAAUAUCCACGAGCUCUGCUUUGAAGCAAAUUAUCUCCCCACCAAACAGACCAAGUUUAUCGAUUGGCUAAGUUGUCUCAAUCGCGACCUCUUACAAAAGGGAGAUCUUGAGUACUCUCGUUCUUGUGCAUUAAAGGUCAACGUUGACUAUACUCCCAUCGAACAGUGUGUUAGAACACAAGGCCGUCAGUUGUUAAUCGAGAGCAUCAGAAAGACAAACGCUAAAGGAGUUACGAAAAGUUGUACGAUACAUCUUAACGGGAAACAAAGAUGUAUUAAGGAUGGUGAUUGGUAUGAUUGUCCAGGCGGACAUGAAGUUCAGGACUUUGUGAGAGAUAUUAGAAACGCAUAUGCAGGGAUGAAAGAAAGGACGAGGAUGAAUACGAGACUGUUCAACAUAAACUAA